UCAGUGACUGAUAGAGGACAACAUUGCAAGAGAGGUGUUGAGCAUGCAUCCGUCUCUAGUGUUAUCUGUGCGUGCUCAGAUGGGGUAGGAGAUAUGCUGCACGGUACGGGGCACAGUGGGAAAAGCCUGGCAACUCUGCGGAAGCUUUUUAUAGACAUAUGGGGAAGCAAUAAGUCCAAAUGGCAUCAAUUCUGAAUCAAAGCCAAAAAAGCCAUGAGAAGACAAGCUACUGACUCCUGCCUGAUUUCUGGUGUGGGUUAGCUGAACUGGAUGUCCGGAGCUCUCUUUGUCUCAGAGUGAUGGUUCUUCCUAUCAGGAUGUGUCAGGAUCGCCUCUGAGAGAAGCAAUUUUUGGCUCGUCCUCCCAGGUGUCACACCGGAUGCGUUCUUUUUCUGCCAGCUCGAUUGGCAAUGUGACUUGUUCUUACUAUUCUUAGUGCACUAUUUGGAUACAUAUUUUCUUCACAUCAAAUACUGAUGCCUCCUGUACUGAAGACUUUCUCUUCAAUGUAAAAUACUCUUCAUGAUAUAUAUUUUUGAGUAAGUGGAAUUGCAAUGGAGGUUGCAUAUAUAGAUGUGGAGAAACUGAAAAUAUUCACAGAUGACUUUUGGUAUGUCACAAACCUCUCAAAAUAGAAGCUCAAAAGGGUGUUUUACUUAUUUAUUUUCUGGCUGUCUUAAGAACAAAGGUUCUUUCAUGCCAAAAAUGAUACCAUUUGAUUUAAUUUUAACAUCAUACGGAAAAGAUCAAAGCUUUGCUGAGAACAGUUUGUUUCAGUGCUGAAACUUUUCCAAUUUUCUUGAUGCCCUUUCCUUUUUGAAAUUUUUCGUUUUGAAUUCCCUGAGAGAUACUAGAUGUUCCUGGACUGAAUUCAAAGUUUUCUAACAUCAUCAGUGCCACAAACAACUAUGCUGAGAUGUUCAGAUCAGAGAAUGGGUCUUUUAUCCAGAUAGGUCUAAACAACACUGUGGUGGGCUUCAGACAUGAAGUCCAGUGUCCUGUCCCCUCCUGGCUGCCGCUGCUGCUGUCAUCCCCAUGUGAAGGAUGUUUCACGGCACAGCGCUAGGACCAUUUGAACCAAGCAAGAGCCCUGACCGGAGAGCAGAGAUCCGCAGGCACAUUAAGAUGGUCAUGGAACAGCUGGAGGAAGUUCUCGCUGAGCUCAAGGAUGUGGCGAAAGAGCUCCGGGAGGUUGUGGCCCAAAUUGACAAGUUAACAGCAGAUAUCGACCUUGACUCAGAGGAUGACCUGACACUAGUGUGCUGCAGCGAGGACCGUGGCGACCUCUUGCACAAUGAGACGUUAUCCGACAACCUUUUAUUGCACAAUCCUCUCCGUAACCCAACCACAGCUAAGAAGCAAGAGUUAGACCUCUACCGCAGGAGCUGUGGAGACUUACCUGCCCUCAAUGGACCAUUAAAGGCCCCAAACAGCCCUAAAGCCUCCUGGCUCUUUGGAUCGGGAGGAAGGAUCCAUUCUUACGACAAGACGCUAUAUCAUGCAUUGUGCUGUGAUGAUGAUUACGAUGAAGACAGAGGUGGAAUGAGAUCAUCAAGGCUGUCGUCCACUGAUUCUGUGUUUUCAUCUUCACCUUCAAGGUUUCUGACUCCCAGAUGUAAACGUAAAACUUACUCCAGCCCGGACUCGAAAAAAAGAGCCCUCCGUAGCUGCAGUACGCAAACUGUUUCUGACAAAAGCACACAAACUCACUUCCCAUUUAUUCCAGCCAAGCAAAGAUCUUCAAGUGACUACAAGAACUAAAACAUCUGCAAGCAUCCCAAAAACUCACCAAAGGAAUUCACCAAAAAAUUAAACAUCUUUUAUUAUAUUUUAUGCUCAAGCUGUUCUGAAACCAUGACUUUCUUUGUUCUGUGGAACACAAAAGGUGAAUUUUUAUUAUAAUAUAUUAAAAGUGAAAGAGAACUAGGGAUGUGAAGGUGCACAAUGACAAAAAAAAAAAAAAAAAAUCACCAUAAGAGUAGUCCAUAUGACUCGAUUAAAAUCUUCUGAAUGUACACUACCAGUAAAAAGUUUGAAAUAAUUAAAAUUUUAAUGUUUUUGAAAGAGGUAUUUUAUGCUCUCCAAGGCUGCAUUUAUUUAAUGAAAAAUACAGUAAAACAGAAAUAAUGUGAAAUUGUAACGAUUCCCUUAGUCUUUGUUUCAUAGACUAUUUUGAUAUUCUGUUGUCUUCCUGUGGUUUAGAUCCUGUCUCCUUGGCUGUGUCCGUAAUCGCCCCCUAUACCCUUAAAUAGGGCACUAUUUGAGGGGACAGCCAUUUGUAGUGGUGUCCGAAACCAUAGUGGACAUUAUCAAGUGCACUCAUUCAAUCCCACAGUGCACCGCAAUUAUGAGUGCACAAACAAUGUACACUCAACGGCUAGCGAAUACCCAUAAUGCACUGUGAGAGAAUGAAUUCCCACGUCUCACCAGAAGAUGGCGCCUGCAGCUGAAUCCUUUUUCCAAACCACUGGUCCAAUGUGGUUACAGCGUAAUAUCAUACAGUUAUAAAUUCCUUUUUAACUGGUUAUUAAAUUGUUUAAUUAAGGUUUAUAUAUAGUUCAGGGUAAAUCUUUUCAUCUUAAUCUUGUUCAUUUAAACCCUCAGUCAUAGUCUGUUCAUUGUCUCAUGCUAACGUUUCAUGCUGGUGUAUGUCUUUUAUGGUUCCUGAUGUUUAUUAAAUGUAAGUUCGUCGUUCUUCUGUGUCAAGCCUCUUGUUUGGAUUUAUCACAUCAAGCCAGCACGUAACAGAACACAAGACCUUCAACAAAAGAAAGGCAUGGAUCUAGCAGCAGCCUUUCUAGCCUUCGUCAAGGUGACCGGGCCAUUGAGGAUUUUGUAGAGGCCUUUUCUUGGAUUUUUUUAAUCAGGUGAAUUUUAAUGAUGUGGCACUUGAAGACCUUUUUUCGCAUUGGCUUAAAUGAACAUAUAUGCGUACCAGGUUCCAACAGCCAUGGAGCUUGUUUCGCCACAAAUCCCCUCGAUCACUGGAUCAGUUCCAGGAUGAAAAAGACUGAUAGUCAGUAUGAUUGAUCCAACUAUGAGGUCAGUACGAGAGGCGAUCAAGUCGAGUGAUGCCAAGUCUGUUGGUCUCAGCGUCGCAAAGUCCAGUGGUGUCAGUCCAUUGGUCUUAGCACCACCAAGUCAGGUGGUCUCAGCACUGUGAAGUCAAGUGGUCUCAGCGCCACCGAGUCUGGUGGUAUCAGUGCCCUCAAGUCCAGUGGUCUUAGCACCACAAAGUCAAAUACAAAGUUCUGUCAUGAAACUCUAGAUGGCGCAGGCUAAUAGGUUCUUUAACUCAACCUGCUCGUAAUCACAUCGUAAUCUAUAGGGCGCAGCUGAUUGGGUCCUGCUGUAUCAGUAGGCAAUGAGCUUGUGUGCUCAACCUUCAAAAUACUUGGGUAGGAUUUUCCUUAGCAGUGCAGCAUGCUUUCAGAAACCCUCCACCCUCCCCAGCUCCACCUGUAUAGAUCUGCUACGGGUAAUUCAUGUACGCUAUAUUGUACAGCAGCAGCAUGUCUUACUUGCUCACAGCAGCGUGUCGUGUAUGUACUGGCAGUCGCAAGUCCUGUACUUGCUCUGCAGCAGCAGCAAUAACCUACAGCAGCAGCAGCAAUAAAGCAGCAGCAGCUAGCAGAUCUAUUCCAUCAAGACCAAACAUAUCAACAUUGUCACACACAUUACCAUGCCAAACACUCUGAGAGUUGUCAUGAUGGAAAUGGUCUCAGCACCACUGAGUCUGAUAGUCUCAGCGCCCUCAAGUCCAGUGAUCUCAGCACUCUCAAGUCCGGUGGUCUCAGCGCUCUCAAGUCCAGUUGUCUCAGCACCUCCAUGUCAGGUGGUCUCAGCUCCGCCAAGUCCGAUGGUCUCAGCACCACCAAGUCAGGUAGUCUCAGCGCCGCCAAGUCCAGUGGUCUCAGUGCCGCCAAGUCAGGUGGUCUCAGCUCCAAGCCCGCUGGUCUCAGUUCAAGUCUGGUGGUCUCAGCACAUCCGAGUCAGGUGGUUCCAGAGUUACUGCCACUGCUACUGCCAUCUUGUGUGUUUGGGCUGCACACACUGCUACAGCUCAUCCCGAGGCAGCGGCAACUGCUGCAGCUCCUCCCAAGGCGGGUGAAACUGCUACAGCUCCUCCCGAGGUGGGAACAACUGCUACAACUCCUUCAGAGGCAGCGGCAACUGCUACAGCUCCUCUGGAGCCGGCAGCAUUUGCUACAGCUCCUCCAGAGGCAGCAGCAACUGCUACAGCUCCUCCAGAUGCGGUGGCAACUGCUACAGCUCCUCCUGAGAUGGCAGCAACUGCUACAGCUCCUCCCGAGGUGGCAGCAACUGCUACAGCUCCUCCUGAGGCAGCGGCGACCGCUUGUAAAAUCUUUUACCUGUGCUCCUUGUUAUCUCUGUCACGGCCAAGGAGGCCAAAUAUGAAUUCUCUGUCUGCCCUUCAGUCCCAUCUGCUCUGCUGUGGUGGUCUUCUGCACCAACGUGGGGGUAUUCUGCUCCACAGUGGUGGUCUUCUGCUCCGCCGUGGGGGUCUUUAAUCCCAUCUGCUCUUCUGUGGUGGUCUUCUGCAUCACUGUGGGGGUAUCCUGCUCCGCAGUGGUGGUCUUCAGUCCCAUCUGCUCCCCAUGUUGGUCUUCUGCUCCAUCUGUCUGCUGUGGUGGUCUUCUGCUCUGCCGUGGUGGUCUCCUGCUCCACCCUGGUGACCUUCUGCACCUUUAGCUGCACCCUGGUGGUCCUCAACUCCGUCUCAUCUGCCUUGGAGAUCUUUUGUUCCACUGGCUCCACCCUGGUCACUGCCCAGCUCCACCUUGGUCUCUAGGCCCCCUUUUGCCACACGGGCCUGGCCCGCCAUCCCUCCCCCUGUUCCGCCUCCAAUCCACAACCCUCUUGGACUUUUUGUGUCAGUUUUAGGAGUACUUGGAUCUUUUUGUGUAUUUAAACUCUCAGUCAUCGUCUGUUCACUGGCUUGUGUUACGUUUCAUGCUGGUGUUUGUCUUUUACAGUUUCUGAUGUUUAUUAAACGUGAGUUCGUGUGAUUUCUUCUUUUUUUUAUCUCAAUUACCCCAAAGUUUUGAAAGGAAGUGUGUCAUAGUUUCCACAAAAAUAUUAAGCAGCAGAAAUGGUUUUCAUAUUAAUAGAAAAUGUUUCUUGAGCAGCAAAUCAUCAUAUAAGAAUGAUUUCAUGUGACAGAAUCAUGUGACACUUAAAACUGGAGUAAUGAUGCAUUCAGCUUUACCAUCACAGGAUUUAAUUACAUUUUAAAAUAUAUUGAAAUAGAAAACACUUAUUUCAAGUUGUAAUAAUAUUUCACAAUAUAACCUUUUUACUGUAUUUUUUGUUCAUAUAAAUGCAGCCUUUGCGAGCAUAAGAGACUUCUUUCAGAAACAUAAAAAAAACUGUUAAAAACAGUUUAAAAAAAGCUGUAAUUAUACCAAACUUUUGACCAGUGGUGUAUUUGUUAGGUUUGAAAUCAAAAUCUAGUUAUUCUUCACCAAAAAUCUUAGCACUGGCACUUAUUGGUGUAUUCAUAAGAGAAGUAGCGAUUUCUGAUUCAUUAACAAAGAGCAACCAGUACUUUAUUCAAAAUAUGUCCUUUGUGUUUAACAGAAGAAUGAAAGUCAUUGGAAUGGCAUGAGGAUGAGUAAAUGAGAAGAUUUUUCAUUUUGGGGUGAACUAAUAGUUUAAAUUAGUUUGAAAUGAUUUUGAACUGUGCAAUCUGUAUUUAUGAAAUGUUUAAGUCGAUACUUAUGAUAAUGAUUACUGUCAUGGAAAAAAAUCUCUGUUCUCAUGGAGUUUGCAAAAAACUAUUUAAACAUUGUUUUGAUUCAUUAUGAGGCAUUAUGCCAAUAUCGAAACAAUCAUGCAUCUCGGCAGAACAUUAACACCAUUCCAAAGCCCCCUAACGAGUGAGAAUUGGUUUCGGUCACACCCACACUGCGCAGUAAAUAGACACAGUUAAAUUAAGCGAGUAGUACACUUCCCCAAAGAAUUACUGAAUAUAAAUAAUGUGCUUUAUAUUAGGCUGUUUAUUCUAAAACCCAAGUAAAUUAUUAAUAAAAUGAUGAAUAAAACUGUC